AUGAAGCCGACAUCUCCAAUUUUCGAUCACACAAUCCGAAUCACUAAUCCAUUGAGACAAAUGGCUUCUUCAUCGGAUCCGUGGACGAGGGAAUAUAAUGAAGCCUCUAAGCUUGCUGAUGAUAUCACCAGCAUGAUAUCAGAGAGGAAUUCCUUUGGGUCAGGCCCUGAAGCACAGCGCCAUUCAUCUGCUAUUCGGAGAAAAAUCACCAUACUUGGAACCAGACUUGAUAGCUUACACUCUCUUCUCACAAAGCUUCCUGCUAAACAACCCUUGACAGAGAAAGAAAUGAACAGACGCAGAGAUAUGCUUGGAAAUUUGAGAACAAAGGUAACACAGAUGGCCACCACAUUGAACAUGUCAAACUUUGCUAAUAGGGACAGCUUGCUUGGGCCAGAUAUUAAGCCAGCUGAUGCCAUGAGCAGAAUUGCUGGUUUGGAUAACUCUGGUGUUGUUGGGCUUCAAAGACAAAUCAUGAGAGAACAAGAUGAAGGUUUAGAGAAACUUGAGGAGACAGUGAUAAGCACCAAACAUAUUGCUUUAGCAGUCAAUGAAGAACUUAGCCUGCACACUAGACUCAUUGAUGAUCUGGAUGAACAUGUAGAAGUUACAGAUUCUCGACUCAAGAGAGUGCAGAAGAAUUUGGCGAUUCUAAAUAAACGAACAAAGGGUGGUUGCUCAUGCUUGUGCCUACUGUUGUCAGUGAUUGGAAUUGCUGUCUUGGUUGUGGCUCUUUAUAUGAUCAUAAAAUACUUGUGAUCUCAUUUGCCAACUGUAUGUAGCUUUCUUUUGUGUGAGGUGAUCUGAGUGCUUUGUUUGUGUGAUAAUAUUUCUUUCUAUUUUUUUUUCUUGUUUAAAUUAAACAAAGUAUAUGUCGGUUUCUUGAAAGUUUGUUGUCUACAGAUGUUUGUGCUAUGCUACCGAAGAACAAAGUUCAAGUUGCUAAAUGUUUGCUUGUUG